GUUCGUGUAAAUUCGUAGUAGAGAGUCAAUUAUUGUCGUUCGGCAUUUUUUGACGUUACGGGUGUGACUGUUAUAUUGUAAAUAAAUUAUAAAUAUUGUAAUGAAUAAUAUAUAAAAAAGCUAUAAAUAAAUAUAAAAUGCGACUAGUCACGUUAUCAGCAAUAUUGUCCAUAUAUUUAUUGAGAGCAAAUGCCUGGGAGAUACCUGAGAAUUUUGCAGAAACAGGACAUUCUAAUAACUGGGCUGUACUAGUGGACACAUCUAGAUUCUGGUUCAAUUAUCGUCAUGUGGCAAAUGUUCUUUCUAUUUAUCGUAGUGUGAAACGCCUUGGUAUUCCUGACUCUCAGAUAAUCUUAAUGAUUGCUGAUGAUAUGGCAUGUAAUCCUAGAAAUCCAAGGCCUGCUACAGUUUUCAAUAAUAUUAAACAGCAUAUAAAUGUUUACGGAGAUGAUGUUGAGGUUGAUUAUAGAGGAUAUGAAGUUACUGUUGAAAAUUUUGUACGAUUACUUACCGGGAGAUUACCACCGGAAACACCAAGGUCUAAAAAAUUAUUGACAGACGAAGGAUCCAAUAUAUUGAUCUAUUUGACUGGUCAUGGAGGAAAUGGGUUUUUAAAGUUUCAAGAUUCCGAAGAGAUAACCAGUCAAGAGUUAAGUGAUGCAUUGGAGCAAAUGUGGCAGAAGCGAAGAUAUCAUGAAAUCUUAUUUGUUGUCGAUACUUGCCAAGCUAGUUCCAUGUAUGAGAAAUUUUAUUCACCAAAUAUAUUAGCUGUAGCUUCCAGCCUCGUUGGCGAAGACUCUUUAUCUCAUCAUGUCGACCCAGCUGUAGGCGUUUACAUCAUAGAUAGAUACACAUACUAUGCAUUAGACUUUUUAGAAAAAGUGGAACCGUCCAGUUCAAAGAAGCUCAGUGAAUUUCUCAAAGUUUGUCCUAAACAUUAUUGCUUAUCUACUGUGGGUGUGCGUACAGACUUGUUCAGAAGAGAUCCUAAGACUGUUCCAGUUACAGAUUUCUUUGGUUCAUUAAGGCCAGUCGAACUGACAAUGAAUAUAGUGAAUGUUUUGCCAGCGCACGUGAACAAAACUCAACCAGUGGAACCUGAAGUGAAAUACACUUAUGUAUCACAGUUUCCUAAUUUAUCUAGCUACACAUAACAAUUAAAUACCAAUAAUCUUUGACAUGCGUUUUCCAGAAAUUUAUUAAACAUGUCAUGACAUCAUUUCAUUUUACUUACAUCUCACUGUUUCGUAGUUAUCCAAAUUCACAUAAUUAAAUAUUUUAUCUAUGUUAUUUCUGCAUAAAACUGUCGCCAAAUGAAAAACAGACUGUCACUUAAAAGGGAAAAGAAAGAUUAAAAAUCAGAGUAACAAAAAUACAUGUAUCCUACUAAUUGAUAAGAGAAAAACACUGUUAGUUCCAUGAUGUAAUUAACAUUAAGAUAGGUUGCGGUAAUGAUUAUGACAUUACGCCGUUUCACCAAUAAUAUCUUUGGCUUUAAUUAUUACGCAGAAGUUUCCAGAAGAGUUUCGAUUUCAUAGAAAUAAGAGGACGAUAAAUAAUAAUUACGCAUUACGUCUUUAAUCAAGUAUUUUUAAAUAUGUGUAAUAUCUCAUACGCUACACGUCAUUUCUAAACAUCAUAAAAACCGUCAAAAAUAUGAUUCCAUGAUUCCAAUCAGUAUUAAUUUUUUCUUUAAAUUACGUUCAAAGUUUUUUCAAAACUUGCAUCAGUCGGUCUGUUUCGAGAAAAAACGAUAAUUAAUUUUCAAUGAUCAUUGAAAGUUAAUGAUAUAAUUAUUUGAACAAAACAUAUAAACGUGACUUGAUACAUACAAUUAAUUAAAUUAAAAUGUGUCGUAACAUUGUUAAUCUUGCGAAAUACGUUUCUCGGGGUUAAAGAACAUCAUGUGUGAAAUCGCAAUCAUUAAAAAUACUUGCGACUA